AUGGGUUCUUUUGCGUCUUUCAGGCCUAAUCAUGCGCGAUUCCGGGCUGUCGAUCGGGAACUCGACACGCUCCGUGAGGAAAUGCGGACUCUUUCCGCUCGCUUGAAAGAAGUUGAAAGUGCUAAUUAUGUUGCCUCGUCAAGACCGACUGUUAGUGCCGCACCGAGUAGCUUACAGCGCAUUUUGAACCCACCUAAAUCGCCUUCCUAUGUCGGGCCUACGAGUGCUGAGUUUGGUUUGGACCAUCCAGAUGACUCUUUGCUGUAUGCACUUGAUGAUGGCGACAAGGUUCAUGCACAAAGCUUCCAGGGGAAUCCUGCUUCUCCAGUCGCCCAGAGCUUAGCGGGGUCGAUGCCAACCGAGAAAUCUACAAGCCAACAUUCCUUGCAAGACUUGGGGUUGGAAGAAACAUUGCGUCUUGUACAAGUCUACGAAGACACAGUCGGUAUUAUGUAUCCCUGUGUCGAUCUAGCUAGUCUGCGUACUUAUGUCGUGGAAUACUAUCAUUCGCAAACCUCGACUAUUAACAAAUCAUCGGCACGGAGGCCAUCAAGAACAGACGAAGAUUGGUUUCAUGCCCGCGACAUUCAAGUGUUGAAUAUUCUCCUUGCUACUGCCCUGCUGGUAGAAAGCCAUGGUCAGAGCGAGCGAGCAGCUCAACUGGCUGAUAGUGUGGAAGAUCGUUUUGCGAGUCGACUCAAAGUUGCGCAGGUGGAUAUGAAAGAGUGCCUAAUAUUGACAUUACUGGCGAUAUUUCAUUCCUAUCGCGACGACGAGGUCAUCGCGUGGCGGCUUACAGGUAUGGCGGCUCGAGGCAGUAUGGAACUUGGUCUUCAUCGACAAGAGACAUGGAAAAAGACCGGUGGCGUAUUUCCAGGCGCUUUAGAAUGGAUAUGGGCCAGUCGACUGUUCUGGUGUAUCUAUGUACUCGAUCGCAAGUGGUCAUUUGGCACAGGUCUGCCAUUUGCCAUUCAAGAUUCCGACAUGGAUACCAACCUUCCGGAACCUGGCCAUUCCACACCGUACUUGACAUGUCUGAUCUCCUAUGCCCGGUUGGGUACUAAAAUAUGGGGCCUGAUAGUGGGCUGGUCGAAUCGAUCACGCGAAGCGACUUCGGAGGGUUGCUCGUUUCUCGAUGCUCAAGUGCAGCAGUGGGUCCAUUCUAUUCCACGCGAACUACGCUUCGACCCUAGUUGGCGUUCACCUGCUGGGCCCGAACAUACGGAUCGUACCAGAAUGCUCCAGGUGCUACUAGCUUUACAGGCCAACCAACUACGUAUUCUUGUCUAUCGACAAAAUCUACUCAGUGGCGAUCGGAUUUUAGACGACAUACCCGGCGCUUUGAUAGCCGUGGAAACAGCAAAGAGCACGAUUCAUAUGCUAGACUAUUACAGUCGUGUUUCAAAUGUUUAUUUUCGGCGCCCGGAGCCCUUCAACUAUUUCUUAAUCUCGGCUCUCGCGGCUUUGUUCCUUGCGGUUUUGCAUGCGCCGGCUCGUUUCAGCCAACUAUGUCGGCCCGAGUUCUACACCGCAGUCGGUAUGGUGCGCCGCUCGGCGACCCGGGCGAGAACUUCUCGGAGGCUGCAGAAAAUGAUCCGCAGCCUCAAACGCAUUCAACUUAGUGUGCCAUGGCAGGCUCAACGGGCGAGCCAGCACACUGUUGACUCCCGUGGCGCCUCUAACGCCUGGGAUUCCCACCCCCAAGGUUCUUCGGCAAGCUUUUGGCCAUUAUCUCCUAAUGCAGCCCCCGAAGUGGAAUCAAAUGGAUGCGAGGAUCUUAGCAGCUUCUUUGAAAUAGCCGGCGGGUUCUGUUUUGAGCCUCGACCCGAUAUCGCUAACGAGGCGGAAAUGGGAAUGUCUCAGGGUGGUUCCGGAAGUGCCCCGAAUCCCCUAGAUGUGUUUCAGGCAGAGGAUGAGGCGUUAACACGGGUGAUGGCUGGCUUGCUAUGA